UUUACCUCUUGUUGAGAGCAGAGGAAGGGAGAGACAACCAUAGGAAGUGAAGGGAUUUCACUGGCUUGGGCUACUGGCAGUGGGGUCUACAUACAGGAGCUAAUCUAUGGAUCCAGGACCUCCAGUGGUGUCUGGUAGUCAAGUAGCUGGAGGACUCUACCUGCCUCUCAGUGACAAUGAGCAGAAACGAUACUCAGAGCUUUUCUCCCUGUGCCAAGUUGAAGGAUCCUCACGACUGGCAGCUGACAGCAGCAAGGUGGCAGAGCUGUUCAUGGCAUCCCAUCUACCUGCUGAAACUUUACACCAGAUCACAGAACUGUGUGGUGCAAAACAUGUUGGUUUCUUCGGUCCACCUCAGUUUUUUAUUGCAUUGAAAUUAAUAGCAGCAGCACAAGCUGGUCUUGCAGUCCACAUGGAGAACAUCAAGUGUGAAUUACCACUUGCUUGUUUUCUUUCUAUGAAAUUUGACAACGUAAAAUAUGGGGCUCAAUCACCAAAUGUAGAUGCACAACAAUCGAAACAUACUGCUAGUGAGAAAGGCCCGCUCCAUUCCUUUGGUGAAGGAGAAACAAAGCCAGAAGCCAAGACAUUUGUUACAUCACCUCAGAAAUCUCCUUUCUCAACAUCCCCAGAAUAUGUGCAUAGGAAAAGGCAAAGUAGUCCUGAGCACCACAGUGGAGCAGCAUACGAGACUAGACAACCUGCUCUACUUCAGCAGGAUGGACACUUGCCGCUGAACUAUGGAAGCCAACCUGCACCUCUGCAGUCUUCUAUUAGCCGGCAGUCACUUUCUGUGGAAAAAGAAUCACAGGACAGUUCAGAGAGUUACUCCGAGGACCCCUGGAGGAUAACAGAAGAACAACGAGAAUAUUACACUAACCAGUUCCUAUCUCUUCAACCUGAUCUGAAUUCCUUCAUUUCUGGUUCUGUAGCAAGAAGCUUCUUUACCAAAUCAAAGCUUUCUAUCCCAGAACUUUCACACAUUUGGGACCUUAGUGAUGUUGACUGUGAUGGUGCUUUGACAUUGGCAGAAUUUUUUGCAGCUUUCCACCUUAUUGUUGCUAAGAAAAAUGGAUACGAUUUACCAGAUACACUUCCCAAAACUUUGCUGUCUGAAAUACUUAAACCAACACCUGUAAAGCCCAGCACAGAUGGUGUAUAUGAGGCAUACCGUGGAACUAACACAGUUUGCUCCGCUAGGAAAGAGCUUGAGACGGUCUGUGAAGAUCCGGCUAACUCCGAGCCCCUGAUCCUCUUUGAUGUGGAAACUAGUAACAACAAGCCAAAGACCACCACAGAAGUACCGCCUGGUCAAAAUGCAUUAAAGGAAAACACAGUGAAUCACUUAGAAGCUUUAAAAGAAAAUACCAGAAUUCAUCUCGGACCAAGUGAAACAAUUAAGUUCCAGUCUUUCAAGACAGCUGUUCACCAAGAACCACAUAAGCAUACAACAAGGCCACGAUCUAGGUCUUACUCUAACACUUCAAUUGAAGAGACCAUGAAGAAAGUUGAAGAGCCUCCAACUCCGCCCCCAAGACCACAGAAAACACAUUCAAGGGCUUCUUCCUUGGAUCUGAGUAGAAUAAUACAACAUCAUUCCCCAGCUCCUCGAGGUGGAUGGAUACCACCUCCUCCUGCACUACCUCCAAGACCAUGUGUAUCACAGCUUUCUUAUCCCAGCACUAACACUGAUCAAAAGAUACAAAUUCAACUACCAACUUUUGCAGACUUCAAGUCACAAGAACAGAAUGAACGAGGAGUCGAGAUUGAUUUACAGACUAAUAAAAUGCUGCCCCAGACAGACGAAAGCAGUCCUGCCAAGAAGGAGAUUCUACUUAACCAACCACCCACAAAACCUUUAAGAAGAAAAUUCCAUGCUGAAAGCCAAGUGCUGGAAAAUCACGACUUGUCCUCAGCAUCAAGUGUGACCUCAUCUGCUGCAUCCCUAAAGUCACAUCCUGCUGUCCAAAAGCAGCCUUCCAAGCAGAAGAAAGCUAUCCAGACAGCCAUCCGUAAAAACAAGGAAGCCAAUGCAGUCCUGGCCAGACUGAAUAGUGAACUUCAGCAGCAACUCAAGGAAGUCCAUCAGGAGCGAAUUGCCUUGGAAACCCAGCUGGAGCAGCUUCGUCCUCUGACUGUGUUAUGACAUUUGCCCCCCUGGAAGAUGUAACAGCAAUGUCCUCAGUACAAGGUUAUUCUGCAGUGCACGCAUCUAGUAGCCUGGUUGUUAUUCUUGUUGUUAUAUUCGUGGCACUGAAGCCAGUUAUUUUUUGGAAGGAGAUACAGCGUGUGCCAUUUACAUGGAGUACUAAAGCAAAAAAGAAAAAACUUAAGUAUAUCUUAAAGUCAUUUAUCUCUAAAAACACAUCUGUACGAGUGCACAUGGACCAAUGAGCCUGAGAUCAUGAAUGUUGAUGGACAUCUAAUAAGACACCAAAGUUCUAGUGAAGCACGUCCACUCUCACACCUAGAUGUGUGGGGAGUUCAUUGAAUGUAAAGCUGAACAUGGUAUAAUCCAGCUUUUGGAUCUUCCUAAAUAACCUUAUUUUUUAAAAAUGUUAGUAUUAGAGGACUUUUUCAUUUUUAGCUUAAAGUGAAUCUGUGAGCUUUGUAUUAUAUACAGAGCUGCAGACACAAGCAGGGAGGUCAUUAUAAUAUUGAACGAUUAAACAACUAUGCUAUAUGCAUAUAUAUAUAUAUAUAUAUAUAUAUAUAUAUAUAUAUAUUUACUGUGAUGGGUGUUUUAUAAAGUUAAUAAACUGCUCAUGUACAGCUACAGAGUCAGAGAGGUGGUCCUGAGCCACAGCAGCAUUCCUCCUCCUUCUCAGCCUACUCCCCACCCCCCUGCUUUCCCAGAUUGAUGUACGCCCAUCACAGUAAAUAAGGAAAUGGUCUGUUUUAUCUUACCAUGACCCAACUACUGGUAUCUGCAGCUCCGUACCUUCUACAGAGCUGACAAAUUCCCUUUAGGGAAUCUAGAAAUGCAUUUACAGAUGCCAUGCAAGUAAAUGUGCAUAUGGAAUACAAAAGGUUAAAGGACAACUGUGGUGGAACACUUUUAUAUAUGCCCGUGCCUCAAAAAUAAACAAAAU